AUGAAUGACUGCUACUCCAAGCUGCGCGAGCUGGUGCCGAGGAUCCCACAAGGCACCAAAGUCAGCCAAGUGGAAAUCUUGCAGCAUGUCAUCGACUAUAUCUUUGACCUGCAGAUCGUGCUAGAAGAACAGGCGAAGAAGGGGCAAGAUCCAUCCUCAGCCGAGACUUCCCUACUCUCUUUAAAAGCUGCAGAACGGGCAUCCAAACUGUGA